AUGGAGGACGAAUCCCCAACGGAAUCUGGCCGGCGUGAUACCGCCAAACGGGUGUCCCGGGCCUGUUUGCAUUGCCGACAGCGCAAGUCGCGAUGUGACCUCAACGGCACCGGCAAACCGCCGUGUCAGCGCUGCGUCCGCGAGAACCGCGAGUGUGUGCUCGGCGGCUCUAAUCGCGGCGGACGUCGAAUCCGCAAGAACAAAAUCAAAAACUUCACUCCCGCCAACACCUCCAGCAAAGACUCAGACGUGUCAAGUCCAACGCACUCCGACAAUCGUCAAUCUGUCUCGUACCCGGGCCCGGUGGUCUUCCUGCCACCGAACCCGCCACCCGCUCCAACUUCCGCGGAAGAGGACGACGCCUCGAUAGGCUCCGUCCCACGCAAUCCGUCAGACGCCUGGCAAUGUCUAACAGGCAUCGCGCAGGCCCCUGAGCCACGUGAGCCGCGCUCAGAAGCAUCUUUCCCAACAUACAACAUCCGCAACAGCGUGAUAUCCGACUUCACCAACCCGGCCGGCAUCAGAGCCUACAGACUCGUCCAGUCGCGUUCACUCGACCCCGAAACAGUGUGGCAGCUGAUCUCUCGAUAUGCGGAGAACUUCCACCCUUACCUUCCCCUCGUGCCGAGGAAGUAUUUCGCCCGCUCUGCGCUCGAUGCCUUUGCCACGGAGAAGCACUUACUGACUGCUGUCCUCACUAUUGCAUCCAAGGAUCUAGUCGAUCAGCCAGAGAUCCAUGAGUACUGCUCGAAAUACAUGCACGAGUUAAUUUCCGGAAUCGCAGCGGGUGCAGAAUGCGACGUCGAGGCCGUUGAGGCGCUACUCCUUCUUGCGGAGUGGGAACCACAGGGUCUGCGACCUCGGAUUGAGCGCGUCGGCCGAGGCGAAGAAGAUCGUGCUGCAUGGAUGCAUGUCGGUCUCGCGCUUCGGUCGGGCUACUUUAUCGGCAUGGAUAGGACUUCUUUUCGAGGUGAUCCAUUCGGCGACCAGGAGGGCGAGGCCAGACGUCGACUAGCAUGGGCGAGCUGCUAUGUUUCUGAUCGGUUGAUUUCUGUGCGCAUCGGAAGGGCUUUCUGGUCUCGUGGACCGGGACCCAUGACUGGUCUUGUGAGUCAGGAUUUCCCUUCGCUGCAGCCUGCGAAGGAGGGAGAGGAGGACUAUGCGAAGAUCUUCCAGGCCAUGCUUGAUCUGACGCAGCUGUAUGGAAAUGUGCAUGAGGUGUUGUAUUCGGGGAUGCGGACCAGCAAUCAGAUGAUGCUGAUGGGAGAUUAUGUCAAAUACGUGGAUGAUUUCCGGCUUGCCAUCUUGAGAUGGAAGUCGCUUUGGGGAUCUUUGGAUUGCUCACGACCCAUGCGGGCAACUCUGCAGUUGUCAUACGAAUACCUACGCCUAUACACGACUGCUUUUGCAUUCCAGGCAGCUAUCUCUCAGUCGCUGGCCAAGCCGAAGAGCGAUGCCCAAGGACACAGGGAACAGCUGCGAUCGACGUUCAAGAACGUUGCUUCAAUGCAGGAUUCGCGGUUCAUCUAUGAGUCCGUUGAUGCGGCGAAGUCUUACUUGACCAUUUUGGUCGAUUUAGUAGAUCCCGAGAAACACUUGCAUUUUAUGCCUCUUCGCUUCUAUCUUUAUGGAAUCUACUCUGCGGUCUUCCUAUACAAGGCCCGCUCUUUCGGCAUGAUGGUUCCCUCCGAGGAAGCCAAAGUCCAAGGCCUAGUAGCCCGAACAACCCAAGUCCUCAAACAAGCCAGCGCCGGUACCGACGAUGUCGGAUCCCGCUAUGCUCGUCUCCUAGAGCUUUUGUGGAAACCCAAGCCGACCAAUCCAUCCGCAGACCAGACCGCCGAGUUCCCAAUGCAAACACCCCUCCCGAACCCAGUCACAGAUCCGGGCUACAUGCAAUUCAGCCCGGCAAACGACUUCUCAUGGCUGGAUCUGGAGGCGGUAGGCGACUAUGUCUCUGGAGAUCAGAUUUCGGGUGGAUUGUUGGGAGUGGAUGCAUUCCAGAAUACCUCCGACGUAUACCAAGGACAGGAGCGGUCGCAAAGUUGGCAACCCUCUGCUUGGAUGGGAGAUAUGAGCAACAGUCUUCUGUUCUAG